UUCAAACCAGAGUACCUAGUUACUCCCCGACAACGUCAAAAUAAAACAUCAAAAUCGUUGACAGGGUAAUAAGCCAAUGCGACUGACAGGCUGUGAAAUGUAAUGCACACGUGAACACACUUCAUUGUCCGUCCAAAUAUAUUUUUAGAAAAAAAAAAAACAAUGGCAAACUCUCACGUGUUCACUAGCACGCUUCUCGUGUUCACUCCGGUCACGAGCGCUUCGACGAAAUCGACGAGGGAUCCUAUUUUGAAAAUCGGACUGAUGUUUAAUUAAAGAGAGUGCAAUGGUGAUUUGCACAAUAACCAUGAUCGUGGAUACGGUGAACUUGAUCAAGAACACGGAGUGCUCGAAGACCGUCACAAGCUACAGGAUCACCGCAGGAGUGUACUGUUUGUUCAUGUUGUGUGUCCAUUUGUGGCUGAUAUGGGGCGUUAAAAAGGAGAAAGCCUCAGUGUUCCUAGGCUGGACGGUAUUGACGGCCAUGUGGCUGGCCCAAGUUUGCUGUCUGCUUCUCGUACAGAUCUGUUUGAAUGUCAACGACGGUGCUGUUUUGGCGUGGCUAAUAGUCGCCGCGGUAGUUCUAAUGAUACCAUUUUACGGGAUACUAGUCGUCCACGGAUACAAACUGGAAGUAAUACGUGACAAGAAAACACAGAGACACGAAACGGAAACGAUCUGAAUCAUUUAAUUAAACUACAAUAAAAAUAUUUGUAAACUA